AUGUUCGAUUUGCUCACAAUAAGCUCAACGUUUUUUUGUAUGAACCUGUUGUAAUUAUUGCAUGCGCCUCCGAACAUGACAUAAUUUCGAACUAAUUCAUACAUAUAUAAAGACACCAUUGCCAUUUAAAUUUAAGACUUUACAAAAUGUUAAUUUAUAGGGUACUGAAUUCAUUAUGUCUCAUGUUAACAAAGCUGCUCUUCUUACUGGAUUAACUGUAAUGGCCAAUUGAUCGAAGUUGGCCAAAUUGCUUAUCCAAAAAUUAAUGAUGAUCAAAUUUUGAUUAAAGCUGUUGCAUACGCUGCCAAUCCUACUGAUUGGAAACACGCUGUUUUCAAAUUCGGCAGCAAAGGUGAUCUUGCUGGAUCUGAUGUUAGUGGUACAGUUGCUGAAGUUGGUUCUAAAGUUAAGGGGUUUGAAGUUGGCGAUGUGGUUUCGUCAUUUAUGCAUGGUAACUUCUCUAAGACUAGAGGAGCAUUCAGUGACUAUGUGAUUGCCGACGUAAACACUACAAUCAAGUACGACAAGUCUACGUUCAAUUCUAAAGCACUUGAAGUUGGUGAUCAUAAAUCAGAUUCGAUUAAUACAUUUGAGGGUGCUGCUUCGGUUAAUUUAGGGCUUGUUACAAUUGGGCUAUCAUUCAACCAUAAGCUUGGUAUUAAGACCGAUAAACAAACUAACGCUUCCAAAUAUAUUUUGAUUUGGGGUGGUGCUACGGCUACAGGUAUCUUAGCAAUCCAAGUCGCUAAGCUUGCAUAUGGUUUAAAGGUCAUUACAACCGCUUCCUCAAAGCAUCACGACUUCUUGAAAUCGUUAGGUGCUGAUGAAGUAUUUGAUUACCAUGACUCAAAUGUCAUUGAGCAGAUAAAGAAAGCUGGUGGUGCUAACAUCAACUACGCUUUGGAUACCGUUUCCAACGAACAGACUUUCCAAUCUGUGUACGAUGCCACGGCUGAUACUAAGGAUGUUGCUAUUGAUAAUUUGCUCUUUUUAACUCCUGACAAAAUUAAGACUGAUGAUUCAAGAAAGGUUUCUUUCCAAACUUCCAUUGUAUCUUGUGUAAAUGGAAAAGACGCCAUGUUAGGAGAUAAGAUUUCUCCUUCAUCACCAGAAUUAGUAGAGGAAUACAACGAUUUUUGGUUCAAUGUCUUGCCACAAUACAUCUCAAACAUGAGGCAUUCUAAAUUGAAGGUUUUGAAGUCUGGCUUAGAAACUGCUAAGCAGGCUUUUGAAUUAUUAAGAGAAGAUAAAAUUUCUGGUCAAAAGGUUGUUUUUAGAGCUAGCUUACAAGUUAUAUAA